AUGUCGUACCGCCAAGCCUUCUCCGCAUUCUACGCGCGCAACUUCGAGCGACGGCCGUGGGUGACACUGGCGGUGACCAACGGCAUCCUCGGCGUCGUGGCCGACAGCGUGGCACAAAGCCUUGAGCUCGUCUCGAGGCGGCAAAAGCUGCAGGACUCGCAGUCGGGCAAGCAGGUCGAGCUUCGACGAGAGCUCGAGGCGCAGCGAGGCGAGACCGGGGCAGGGGCAGGAGGAGGAGGGUGGGACUUUGCGAGGAACGGUCGCUUCCUCGCCUUCAACGUCGGUAUGGCGCCGAUCCUGGCAGAGUGGAACAGGUUCAUCGAACACAGGUUCCCGCUCAGGGUGCCGGCGGCCGGCGCCGUAGCGGGGCAGGUUGGCGAGGCGGUCAAGUCGGCGGGUCGGGUCAGUGCAAAGGCGCUCGUAAAGAGGGUGGCCACCGACCAGAUCCUCUUCGCGCCGUUUGGUCUGGUCAUGUUUGUCGGAAGCAUGGGCCUGAUGGAGCGAGGCACGAUCCAGGGGACAAAGGACAAGUUCUCCGAGAUGUACGCCUCCGCGCUGCUGGCAAACUGGCAAGUGUGGCCGCUCGUCCAGCUCGUCAACUUCCGCUACAUGCCGCUCAAGUACCGCGUGCCGUUUACGAGCACCGUGGGCAUCCUCUGGACCAUUGGCCUCUCGCUCCUCUCCCAGGCCACUUCGACACGGCACCAGGUCGAGCAGCAGCAGCAGCAACGGGCGACGGGUGUCGCGGCAGCUACUGCUUCAUCGACGGCCGACGUCGCACAAAAGGCAUGA